CCCUCUAACAGUUUCAAGAUCGAGUUUUUGUUUCUAAGUAUGAUCCUAACCGCUGGGUUAAUACCACCAGCGCCUCGCAAGAGUUAUUACUACGAAAUGAUUUAAUUUUAAAGUUGUGAAAUGGCAGGCCAGAUCGAUAACUUGAUUAACGUCUGCAGCUUCCACACUGAGGAGGAAUUGGAUCACUACUGUAAGACCUGUGCUAGAGCCCUUUGUGAAGAAUGCAUUAAACUAGACCAUCGCGAUCAUGACUGGUGUAAACUUAAGAAGGUCGCCCAGGACAUUCGACGUUCUACAAGUGAUAAAAUUACCGAAAUAAUCAAUCAAGAGAUUCCAAAAAUAGAAUCAAACCUGAAAGCAAUAGCUGAAGUUGAAGAAAAGAAUAAAGCCGCUAAAACUGAGAAAAUCAACAGGAUUAAACAUCGCGAGAACGAGUUAGUAUCUGCAGUUAAGGUCAUUUCUGAUAACUUAAUCAAGGAACUUUCAGAAGUCAGUUCUAGCGAAGCUGGAGAGCAUGGCAGAUCUUCGGAGGACAACAAUAUUACUACUUUGCACAACCUAACUGGGUACUUUACAGAAAACAAAGAUAGAGCAGAUGACGUUGCUAUCGUUAAACUACACGAGAAAAUUCGGAAUCGGUUGAGCGCCAUCAAACUGCACGAUCCACAGAGGGCAGAGGAUCAUGUGGAAUUUAACGAAGGUCAAAUCGAUAUCCACUUCUUAGAACAUAUGUUUGGGCGCGUCGUUAGGGACAAUUAUCUGCACUCCCGACUUUCGGGAGUUGAAAUCGAAGGAACAACAUUGACAGAACUUUUUAAUUUCCAGGUGACAUCUAAUCCGAUUCUUUCUCUUUCCGAAAAAUCGCUCGAGGAAACAUGGAUCUAUGGAAGGAACGACAAGGAGAUCAAAUUAUGCAACACAGAUGGCGGUGUCCUCCGGAAGUUUGACCUGGAUAUUGUGGUCAUCAGGGGCUUCGUUCGCCUUGACAACGGGGACUUAAUUAUAGCGGAUAGCGGCAAUAGGGUGUUAAGUCGAUGGUCGAUUAAAGAUGGCGAAAUUAAAAUUAUAACGAAUUUGUCACCAUUUGAGCCCUUGGGGGUGGCGCUUUCACUGAAAAAGGAGCUGCUUGUAGGGACGAAAGAUCGAUUCAAUACACGUAGAAUUGUCCAGAAAAUGGCGAUCAAUGGACGCGUCCUACACUCUUAUGAAUACGAAGAGGGUCAUCGAGAGUGGAUCAAAUAUUAUUUGUUCAAUUCUCCAGACAGGGUCGCUGAAAAUUUCAACAGGGAUCUCUGCGUGGUAGAUACAAUGAGUAGAAAUACGGGCCGUCUGCUUAUCAUUACGGAGGCGGGAAAACUUCGCGUAAUCUACACAGACUUAAAGUUGACGAAAUCUUGGUAGAAUGUUCAAGCCAUCUGAUGUCUGUUGUUCAAAAAAUUGUGAAAUUAUUCUGAGCGACCCAAGAAAUAAUGCUAUCCAUGUCCUUGACAAAGACGGGACAUUCCAGAGAUUCUUGUUAACGGAUUGUCUCAUGCCUUCGGCUCUAAGACUCUCCCAAAAGAGACUAUUGGUGGGGUCCGAGAACGGAAGCGUGCAUGUUUACGAAUAUGAAGAAAGUAAUCAAUCUAAUGGAAA